CUUUCGAACCACCAAAGAAAGAGUUGCACUUUUCGCGUGGCGAGGCCAACAAAAUAAUAUCUUAAUAAGCCCUCUACAAGAUCCUCUUACACAACCUCAUUAAAAUGCGUGAAGUGGUUUCCAUCCAGAUUGGCCAGUGCGGCAUCCAGAUCGGAAACGCCUGCUGGGAGCUAUAUCUUUUGGAGCACGGAAUCAACCUGGACGGCAGCUUGAAGAGCAAGGAGGAGCUUUUGGCGAGCGGAAGCAGUGCCAGUGUGGGUCACGACACAACCGCCAACGAUGCUCGGACCUUUUUCACGGAAACCGGGAAUGGCAAACAGGUGCCCCGCUCGAUUUUCGUCGAUUUGGAACCGUCGGUCAUUGAUGAUGUGCGGAAUGGUUGCAUGAAAGAUCUGUAUCAUCCGGAGCAAAUGAUUUCUGGAAAAGAGGAUGCGGCCAAUAAUUACGCCCGAGGAAGGUACUCCAUCGGCAAGGAGGUCAUUGAUAAGGUAACAUCAAGAAUGCAAAAAAUCGCCGAGCAGUGCGAUAGCUUGCAGGGAUUCCUCAUCUUUCAUUCGUUGGGCGGUGGAACUGGAUCGGGAUUCACCUCUCUGUUGGUGGAACGAAUAUCUACCGAAUAUAGUAAAAAGUGCAAGCUGGAUUUUGCCGUUUAUCCAUCGCCCAAGGUCUCUACUGCUGUGGUGGAACCAUAUAAUGCCCUGCUGACCACACACUCCACCAUGGAGCACUCGGACUGUGUGUUUAUGGUGGACAAUGAGGCUAUUUACGAUAUAUGUAAUAAUAGUUUGGGUGUAGAUAGGCCUGCUUACAGGAACCUAAAUCGGUUGAUCGCCCAAAUAGUCAGUUCUACAACGGCCUCGCUGCGUUUCAGUGGAUCGAUGAAUGUGGAUCUCAAUGAAUUCCAGACGAAUUUGGUGCCCUUCCCUAGAAUCCAUUUCCCAUUGGUGGCAUAUGCUCCGCUGAUGUCCGCUGAGAGGUCAUCCCAUGAACAGCAUGCAAUAACCACUUUAACCAAUGCCUGUUUUGAGUCAUCCAAUAUGAUGGUUAAGUGUGAUCCUCGUGCGGGUAAAUUUAUGGCCUGUUGCAUGCUUUACAGGGGAGAUGUGGUUCCCAAGGAUGUAAAUGCUGCAGUUUCGGCUAUCAAGUCCAAGCGGCACAUCCAAUUUGUAGAUUGGUGUCCCACCGGUUUUAAAAUUGGCAUAAACUAUGAAAAGCCAGCCUUUGUCCCGGAUGGAGAUUUGGCCAGGACUUCCAAGGCCUGCUGCAUGCUGUCCAAUACCACCGCCAUCUCUGUUGCCUUCUCGAAUCUAUCCUACAAAUUCGAUCUGAUGUUCAAGAAGCGAGCCUUCGUGCAUUGGUAUGUGGGUGAGGGUAUGGAGGAAGGCGAGUUCACAGAGGCGCGAGAGAACAUCGCCGUUUUGGAACGCGACUUUGAGGAGGUCGGUCUGGACAAUGCCGAGGAGGGCGAGGGCGAUGAGGAGUUCGAUGAGUUUUGAGCUUGGCUCAGUCACUUUUAUAUGCAUUAAAAUAUGUACAUAAUAAAACAAACAUGCUUUUAAAAAAAACUAUUUUAACUUUGUAAGGGAUAAAGUUUAUUAAACACAAGCUAAGAUAUCACCUAAUUCCUAUCCAGAAUAAAACCAGAACCAGUGAAAAAUAAAAAAAACACACUUUCCCAUUA